GGAUACCUAUAUAUUUACUCUUAAAUCAAAGUAAAAUAUGUGCUGGUCGUUGAUAUUCGUGUGAGAAAUACCAGUGUCGGUGCCUGACCCAUUUUUUUUGUAAUGUUGAUGUUUUUAUUUACAUAGUGAACUUUCGCUAACGUCAUAUGCGUAGGCGUGAAUAAAUAUGAACAUUAAAUGUAGGUAGAUGACAGCGUCAUAUUGUUCAUGAUGGUACGUGUCUGCUGUACGACAAUUUGACAGCAUCUAUGUCAUUAAAUCGACUUACAUGGAGAAGAUUUCAAAAUCUGUUUACGCGCCUGACGAGUUUGCUUCAAUUCGCUAUGCCUGGGAUGAUAUUGGCAGAUUCGAUUUCUGAGGUUCCUGCGCUAGGACAGAACCAUCCACAGUUGGUUGAACUUUGGUUACAGAAAUGACAUCAAAAACCCAGAGGAUUACUUCAUGCAACAAUAUAUUUGUCGUGAGGAUAUACAUCACCAUAGAUUUGCCACACUACAGGAAUUUAAAGUGAAUUUCAUGGUCCUUAAAAGGACAUCCUUAGUACCUUCGGUACCAACAAUGGGUGAGCCUGUGAAGAAAAAGCAAAGAGUCGAUGAAAUAACUGACGUAAAUUUGCAGAGUGACGGUGAUACGACUGUGGAGGAGGAAUUGGCUGCGAUACAGCAGCACAUUCUGAAUCAGUGUUUGUGUCCUGUGUCAGAAACAUGUCUGUGGAAACCUUUUCAAGGCGUGAAACUUGUGUCUGAAGAACAAGGAGAUUACCGCAUACCAGUGCUGUCGGAAUGGAGCCGUGACAGAAUCCUGUUAUUUGUUAGCAUAUUGCAGCUUUUAUGUGAAGUUGCUAUUAAACAAAAUUCGAAAGGAACUCUGUGUAGUCGAAUUGGUGAAAUAUGUGACGUUCUAGUUAGGAAUGAAUACGGUUUGAUUGAGCAACUCAUAGAGUUUUCUUCGCACCCAGAUCCCUUUGUAUGCUUCGCUGCUAGCAGAGCUUUGUCAGCCUUUUUAAUAGUGUCUAAAUCUCACGUUAAUCCUUCCUGGUUAGAAAGCCUUACAGAAAAUAUUCUCAUUACAACAUUGCCACAAAAAAUUUCUUUUUCUUUAGAAGUAAUUAAACACGUUGUAGAAUGGAAGGAUAUUGAUAAUCAUCCAUUAGAGGACAACAGUGAGGACAGGCCACCAACUGGUUGUGUUGUGACAAGUUUAUCUGAUCCAGAAAGCUUGGACACUAGCCAAGUAAAAUGCUUGUGCAUAAAAGCACUAGAAUCUAAGUGGCCAGCAGUAGUCAGAAAAUUUGAUGGAUUGAUAGCAUCGUACUCUAAUGAACAUGAAUCAUCUAUCAUAACAUUCCUUGGUUUGUGGGAAGCAAUCAUUUCAGUUAAAGCAAAUCUAUCUGUAGUUGACACAAAACCUUUUUAUGCCCACUUGGACAGCUUUGUAGGACUGCUCAAUUCAGCUGUUCCUGCUGGCAUUUGGAAACAUUUGUUAGCGUUGUUCAAUGAAGUUCUUUGUUAUGGCAGUACACUUGCAUUGCAGGAUAUAUUGGCUGAAGAACCUUGUGCACUGGCUCAUUUGGUGGUGCGAAGUGUGAAAGACUGGCAUUUGUUGGAUACUCUUCCAUAUCGCGGUGGUAGUGGAAGGUUUGGUGGUGGUGCAGGUGAUGGUGAUCGUCCAUUACUGCAAAAAAUGGUUUUGCUGGUGCUGAAGAGUGUUGCUGUGACUGUGAAAGAAACAAGAUGUGAUAGCUCGAGUGACAGUUCCCUUGGUUCAGAGGCAGAUGAUGUGGAUGCUGACAUGGCUGUCAUUGAACGAAGUAUUAGAGAAGUGCUCCGUCAAUUGGACAACUGUGUGAAGACACUGCUUCCCUUUCACCCUGAAACACCUCUUGCCCAGUGGGUUGUUCAGUUGUUUACAGACCAGGAUGAUGCCUUAAUUGAAGGAAUGGUAUGUUGUUUGGAUGUAGCUGUAGGUUUAUUUUACCGAAGCAGUACUCAGGUUGACUUAGGACGUACAUUGAGUCCAGGAACAACUUUUGUACAGUUUCUUAGAGCUGUUUCUCAUGAUCCAGAUGUGCUACUGGAUCUCCUUGUCUCAAAUGAGACUUGCUUUUUGCUGUACCUGUUACGCUUGUUGAAGUUCAUACGUCGAAAUUGGGAGGACUUUGUCGCUUGUUGUGGUAGAGAACUGGAUGACACGAUGUCUGUUCUAAUAAGAUUACGCCUUGCAAUUGACAGGCUUGUGUCCAAAGCCCUGUUCCCGUAUAAUAUUAAUCCUGUGCUGAGGCUGUUAGAGAAGUGUGAACAGAUGUACGAAGUUAAUGACAGCUAGUAUUGGAUUUAACAGGAGCUCUAUCCUCAGUGAGUUGUGUAUGCCUGUGUUCCUUAUUUUGUGUAGUUGUGAAAUAAUUAGUCUUGUUUAUUUAUAUCUCCAUCAUGUACUAAAAAAAAAUCAGAAGGCAAGUUAAGCAACAUAUAACAUAUUUUUUUACCAAAAUAGUGUAAAUAUAUGUAUUUUAUACAGUGGUGUUAAUAUUUAUAUAGUUUUAAUUUUUUUUUUUUUUUUUUGUUCAACAUGGUCACAUAUCAGCAAGCCAUUCCAACAUAAGUUACCCCUGUAAACUGUACAAAGUUGCAUGCAGAAAAUAGUAUGCUUAAUGCUACACCUUACCAAAGUUUUGGCAAAAAACUGCCAUGUGCUGCAAGUUCUUGAUUAUGAUGUAUUUUCCUCAUUUCCUUUGUAAUAAUGAGCUGAUCGUUUAAAUGCUCAUACAUGUAACUGUACCUCAGACCACUGAAUAGAAAUUUUCCAUUGAAAGCAGCUGUUUUCAGUAAUGUUAAAAUACUUUUUAAGUUGGUGUUACUACCUGCACCAAAACUUUUGUUUAAUACUAACAUGCUCAUUUUUGAAUAUAAGAAUGUGGAAAAGACAUUGUGAAUUUUCAUGAAAAUCAUUUGGAUGAUAAACAAAUUUUAAAUACAUAAUUUGGGCAUAAUUAAUACUUAAUAUAAUCUUCCUGAUCAUUUUAAUAAAUGUUGAAUGGUGUUCACCAUGCAGUUAACCUGUUUUAAUGUCCUUAUGUUAUAUUGUGCUGUGUAAUUCAAAAAGUGGUGCUGUAGAAAAGCCUUCAAAUCUCAAAUAUUGUCUGCUAGAUGCAGUUUUACUUAGUCAGUUCAUCAGUGUUGUGUAGUGAUGUCUUUAAGGUUUUGUACUGCAAUGUGAGCAUUAUUUUUAUGAUAAGUGAAUAAUUUCCUGUCCACUUUAAAGGCAGUUUAUUUUCCAUGUUGAUCUGUUCAGAAAAUAUUAAGAUUACAUUAUUACUGAAUUUUGAGUCCACCUGUUAUGCAAAGAACUGGGUGAAUAUAUGCCCAGUCUUGUUUCAGCCCCAUUUUGUCAUUGUCAGUGGGUACUGUUGUUCAUAUCUUAAUUUUUUCCUCAUUGUUGGGUUAUGCAGGAUUCUGUUUAUAUUACUGUAUAUUGCUAACUUGACACCUGCACUGCAACAAUUAUUGCUGCCUCACCCACCCCUCCUCCCUCAAGUGGGAAAUAUUUUAGGGCAUUUGCAAACCAAACCAAGUUCCCCUCCCCAUAAUAAGAGGACCUGAAAUCCAUAUAGAGCUUCAGACCCAAAUGAAGAAUAAUUUGCUAUCAUUUCAUAUGGCACAUAAAAUAUUUAGACUAGUUUAUGGGAUCUUCCAAUAAAUCUGAUUUUGUUUAAAUGUAUCAGAAUGAAAGUCUUGUUUUAAUAUGGGGGAGGGGGAAGGAGAUACAUUUCUGUGAGAGUACUAUAUGUAGCCUAAAUUGAAGAAGGCGCAGAGAGAGAGAGAGAGAGAGAGAGGGGGGGGGGGGGGCAGCAUCCACUUACCACAAAUGAGACUAAAUGAUAUUAUGACUUGUUUCAAGUCUGUUCAGUAACAACUUGGGUAUCUCAACUUGCUUCUGACAAUGUUGGAGUAUGUUCUGAUGAAUUCUUGUGAUCCAACACUUGAGUUGUUGCCUGAUAAAUACACAAGAGACCUGACACUAAAACAUAAAGAAGGAAACAAUUGCUUGUUUCAUUACAUAAUUGUGUAAAAUAUGCAUUUAUUCACUUUCAAAAGGAUAAUAAUGAUUUCAGUCAUAGUUUGACCAUAUUUUGCUUCUACAUAACCAGUUUUCAAACAUGAAGUUUCAAUUGUCUUUAAGACAAAGGAAUAAUAUAUUACAUGGUAUAAACUGUUCACAGGAUGAGCAGACCACCUAACUGUGCUUAUGACGCACACUAUAUAAUGCUUGCUGUCAGUACUCAGACAUUUGCAUACUAGCACCUCGUAGUUGACUGGCAAGUCCUUAAACACCUUCAUAAAUUCAUGUCUUGUAACUUUGUCACUAGUGCUAAAUUUGUAAAGGUUAUGACUUCAGUCUAAAACUUUUUUUACGGCUAUAAAACAUAAUAAUUUUUUGUUUUUAGGAGUCUGUAUCUUCAGCAGAUCAUUUUGCACUGUGACCAAAUGAUGAUGGUUUGGGUGGAACAUGACACCAUUGUUGUAUCUUUGGUAAAACUGAACAGGCUUGAAACCACAGUUUUUUGUGUUUCGAGCCAAAAAGUUGUGGUAGAAUAUCUAGUUUGAUUUUUCAAUUAGUUCCUUUUGUUUUUAACAGAAUUCUUGGAAGAGACUUGCUGGUAUAAGUGUUACCAUUAGCAAAAUUUCUGCCAGUACUUACUUGAGGAACAACAAAACAUUUUACUGUUUCUGAAAGUUUAUUUUGUUUGUUGAAAGAACUACUUGGCUAUGUGUCUACAUUUGUUUUAGAGUUUAAGAUAACAUUUUCUGGAGUCUUACCAAGAUAAAAAAAUCUUUAUGCCGCAUUUAUUUGGCUUUUUGGUAGAUAUUGUUGAAAGGAAUGUAGUCCUCUAAAUAGAAUGAGUUACUUGUCGGUUGUCACAUAUUUUCCAGGAGUAUACAACUUCAAAUACUUACCUUGCAAUGGUGUAAUGAGUUAACACAACACACACAUAUCUUCCCCCCCCCCCCC